AUGGAUUUGUCAAGAAAGCCAACAAAUCCAAAUUCUCAACGCCUGCCUCCCCCAGCCCUUUUCCAGGGCCCACCAUCACACAAUGCCUCUAAUAUCUCAUUGUCCGUACCACCUGCAGGCUCAUCGUUAGCAUCUGCCUCUGGCAGCCAACCUUCACCCCUGAAUCGGAACCGGUCACGCGGAACCGAUGGCACAACCCCCGAAAAGUCGAGCUUGUUAUCACCCUUAAUAUCGCGCCGCCCCUCCAAAAACGAUGUAGACGGAUCCGACGCCAUCUGGCAGGAGAUGCAGAGCGCCCUGUCGGAAGUGGAACUGAGCGCUGUGACGAGCGAGAAUGUCUUCGGUGCAAAGCACUCGGAAGCAUUGGAAGAUCUACGCAUGAAGCAGUUGAAGCUCGCUCAAGCCUGGGCACGCAGUGAGGCAGACGAUGAAGUUGUGGAUCCCGGUCACAGCGGUGCCGAAAAAGCCAGCGAAGCCAGCCCAACCCGGGGAGGUGCGGGAGAGUCGAACCAACAGUACGAUACAGCAACGGAAACUAGCGCAGGCCGCGGUUCGGUGUUGCACCGCACGUUGGACGAUGACACCGAGAAAGACAUUAGUCUUGCGCGAAAGCGCCGCGAGGCUAAUGACCGGUACUUUGACCGGGUCAACCAGGGCGUUUUGGAUGUCGUUGCUAAACUGGAGGAUGUGGCUCAGGCCAUGCGCACCGUUGAGCGGGAAAGCAAGGAUAUCUGGAGUGAUUCGGAUAGUGUCACGACAACUGCGCCGUCAUCACCUCAUGCAAGUUGA